GAGAGAGAGAGUGAGGAUGCGCGCAGGCCGGUACAGGAGAGAUCGGAAUCGUUAAAAAAUAUCCACAAUCCGAGGAAGGUCAUAGAAAAAGCGGCGCUAACAGGAUCCCGAUUUUGCUUCUAGAUCAUAAAAGAAGGAGAUUUCAGGCGGCUGCGUCACAUCGGGAAGGCUUGUGUGAGGAUGAAGUUCGUGGCGGUGGUGGCGGGGGCCGGAGCGCUCGCGUUUCUCGGCGCGCUCGUGUGCAUCGUGGCGAGCGUGUACUCGCGCGCUCCGGCCGCCGCCCUGCAUCCCCCGGCGGGCGCGAACGGCACAGCGGCGCCGGUGCCCCCGGGCUCUCUGGGAGCGCUGUACGGUGCGGCGGACACGAGCGGGCGCGACGCUUUGGCGGCCGCGGGAACGGGCCGCGGCGAGACGCCGCUCCUGGGCGAGCUGAGCUCCGGGGCCAGUCCGCAGCGCUUCACCUUCAGCCGCCUCCUGUGCUCGCCCGUGCCGCCCGGGGAGUGCGCGAUGAAGCGCCGGAGACGCGACAAGGAGCGGGAGGACGACAACGACGAGGAGGAGGAGGAGGAAGAGGACUGGAGCGCCCUGAACGCGGCCGCUGAGGAGCUCCGGCGCACCGUGGCGCUGCAGAACGAGCAGAUCGCCGCCGACCGCAAGACCAUCGACGAGCUCACCGGCAAACUGGCCGAGUGCGAGACCGCGCUGCUGGAUGAGCGGACCGUGACCGAGCGCGGAGCCGCGGCAUCGUGGCCCGCCCGGCGCCGCCUCAUGGCCGGGGAUGGCGCGCGGGAGUCCGCCGCCGCACAGCUACACACCGCGCGGGCUGUCGAGGAGCUCGAGAGGGCCAUCCUCCAGCUCAAAGACCGCAUCGAGAAGCUGGAGCUGGAGAUGGUGCCUGCUUUGUUGAACCACUCGGAGGUGGCAGCAGGCUCCACAGGCAUGCGGUUGGCACUGGGCCAGGCUGGUGGGCGUGCAGAGGAUGUGGGUGGAGAGCUGGUGCAGAAGGUAAAGCAGCUGGAGGAUGAAAGGAAGAACCUACGCAAGGAGACACAGAACCACCACCAGCACAUCGACCAUGGCAUCAACACUCUGCAGGAGCGCAUCUCAGAGCUGGAACAAAGUUUUACAGGUCAGAGUUACCCCCAGGGAUACAAGCUCUCCUUCCCCAUUCGGACCAACUACAUGUAUGGCUUGGUGAGACGGAACAUUCCGGAGAUGUACGCCUUCACGGUUUGCAUGUGGUUGAAGGCGACAGAGAGCAGGAUCGGGACACCGUUCUCAUACGCCGUGGACAAGCAACCCAACGAACUUGUCCUCUUACAAGGCGUCCAUAAACAAGCUGAGCUGCUUGUUAAUGCUAAGGUGGCACAGUUGCCUCUGUCGUUCCCACCCGGCACUUGGCAGCAUGUUUGUGUGAGCUGGACUCUGCGUGAUGGUGUCUGGAAAGCUUAUCAAGGUGGCAAGCUAAAGGAGAGAGGCGAAGGUCUGUCAGCAUGGCAUCCGAUCAGGGCAGGAGGUGUGCUGGUUCUGGGACAGGAACAGGACACACCGGGUGGACAGUUUGAUGCCUCCCAGGCGCUGGUGGGUGAGCUGUCUCUGUUUAACCUGUGGGACCGCGUGCUGUCGCCGGCCGAGAUCGGCAACAUCGCGUCCUGCGGCGAGUCAGUGCGGCUGGGGAACGUGGUCUCGUGGACGGAACGAGAAGUGGAUGUUUUCGGGGGAGCCACCAAGGAGCCAGUAGACCCCUGCUCCAGUGAUGCUGGACCCCAGAAAUGAGGGAUGUUGGGUUUUGCAAAAAGCUAAAAUGUUGGAGUGUGUUUAUUAGGAAUGGUCACUGUGGUACUACUUUCAUAAUCGCAUUAAUGUUCUCUCUGCUCCAUGUCAGCGUGUAUAUGUGUGUAUGUAUGUGUGUGUGUGUGUGUGUACGUGUGUGUUUGGAUGUGCAGGGCCAAUGACUGGAACUGCUAAGUGCUUAAAAGCCACUGUGUAUCUUCCUGUGUCUCGUGUGUGUAAUCUUCUAACGUCAUUCCCGCACUCAUGCAUUUUCGCGCGUUUCUCCGUAAGAUCAAUAUUUUCCUUCCUGUCGAUGCUGACUGUGUUAUUAUUAUUUUAUCUUUGACAGUGUAACUGUGAUUGUAGCGGCCUUCACUUAAAAUCUCCUGCACUCUUACUAAAACGUCUGAUUUUCCAAUUCAUUGUACUAGAAAUUUUGUCAUUUUUCUUCUGUUCUUUUAUCUUUAUCAAACUUUUUUUUUCUUUUUCUUUUUUUAUCAUGUCGCAUUUUAUUCUAAUACUAAUUUUUACUACAGUGUUCAUGACUUUUGUUGUUUCUUUAAUAAAUAAAUCGCUAGGACUUUGACUUUCUGUUCUUUAUAAAAGUAUAAAAAGUGUAAAAAUAUAAGUUAUAUAAAAAAUUCUAUGAUAUGAAUAAUUAUCACGUAUUAUUUGUAUUAUUAUUUCUGGAAAUCAAUUUGCUAUUGUUUUUGUAUUAUUAUUAUUAAUAUUAUUAUUAGUGCAAGACUCAUCAUUUUUAAACAUUCUCCUGUUUACAAAGUCUGGAUCGCUGUGAAACUUUUAAAUUAACAUUAUGCCUGCAUAUUUAAUAUAAAGAUCGGAUGAUACCCAUGAUCUAAUCUCAUAAACUGAUAUUUAUGCAUCAUGGGGGAGAAAGAAGA